CUGCGCGGCCGCCCCUCGCGCACCACGUGCGAGGGGAGCAGGCGGGCGGAUAGCUGAGUCUCCAACCGGGAGGCGUGCCCUAUUCAUCCAUGGCGCAAGAUGGCGCUGCCCUUUGCACGUUCUUUGCGCUUGUGUCGCUGGGGAGCCAAACGAUUGGGAGUUGCCUCCACAGAGGCCCGGAGAGGCAUCAGUUUCAAACUGGAAGAAAAAACUGCCCACAGCAGCCUGGCACUCUUCAGAGGUGAUACGGGUGUCAAAUAUGGCUUGGUGGGAUUGGAGCCCACCAAGGUGGCCUUGAAUGUGGAGCGCUUCCGGGAGUGGGCAGUGGUGCUGGCAGACACAGCGGUCACCAGUGGCAGACACUACUGGGAAGUGACAGUGAAGCGCUCCCAGCAGUUCCGGAUAGGAGUGGCAGAUGUGGACAUGUCCCGGGAUAGCUGCAUUGGUGUUGAUGAUCGUUCCUGGGUGUUCACCUAUGCCCAGCGCAAGUGGUACACCAUGUUGGCCAACGAGAAAGCCCCAGUUGAGGGUAUUGGGCAGCCAGAGAAGGUGGGGCUGCUGCUGGAGUAUGAGGCCCAGAAGCUGAGCCUGGUGGAUGUGAGCCAGGUCUCUGUGGUUCACACACUACAGACAGAUUUCCGGGGUCCAGUGGUGCCUGCCUUUGCUCUCUGGGAUGGAGAGCUGCUGACUCAUUCAGGGCUUGAGGUGCCCCAGGGCCUCUAGUAUGUCCAUACUGGAGUCCCUAGUCACUCUCUUGGCCAGCGUCCUUUUGAAAGUGUCUGAAGCCUUUUGACUUUGCCCCAAGCAACCUCUGGCUCCCACAAUUCAGUGUUGGGUCCUUUGUGCAAUAUCAUCAUCUUCCUCAUCCCUUACCUUGUGAAAGCUAGGCAUACAGCCAAACCCUACUUCUUCCCACCCACCAACUACUGCCAGUUUUCCUGGGCUACCGUGUGUAUAUCUUCCCUGACCUGCUUCCUUCAGUUCCUCUGCCUCCCUUUGCCCAGGCCUUUCUCAGACUGUAUUCCAUUCUGGGGUCUUAUCGUUCAGCUUUGUUUGAAUUUAUUCAUCAUCAUGAUACCUCUCCCUCCCUUUGUCCACAUGUAACUUGUUUGUUCUUGGGGCUCUACUGGAUCUCUCCAGAGUAAAUUCUUUCUACCUCUGGCUGAAGAAGUGGUGCAGUCAAUGACUUGACCCUUUCUCUACAGCACAUUCAGAGUUUGGGCUCUGGAUUCCUCAGUAAGUGCUUUAUUGACUCAGUGUGUCAGAAUGAAAACAGAGCCCUCCUUCCUCAGUAGCUCAGUGCCACAGACCUUCAGCCCCACAGAGCUGUAGCUAUCUUUACCCCGAGUCCAUCUACCUUAGUCUCUACCUCUGACACCCAGCCAAUCUGUCAUAAUCAUUAUGCCAGUUAUAACCAUGACCAAAGGGGAAGAGACUCAUCUAGGCGAUGAAUGCUAGAAACUGUUUAUUCUUUUUUUUUUUUUUUUGAGACAGACUCUCACUCUGUCACCUAGGCUGGAGUGCAGUAGCACCAUCUUGGCUCACUGCAACCUCUACCUUCUGGGUUCAAGCAAUUCUCAUGCCUCAGCCUCCUAAGUAGCUGGGAUUACAGGUGUGUGCCACCACACAGGCUAAUUUUAAUUUUUAUAUUUUUAGUAGAGAUGGGCUUUCUCCAUGUUAGCUAGGCUGGUCUCAAACUCCUGGACUCAUGUGAUCCACCUUGGCCUCCCAAAGUGCUGGGAUUACAGGCGUGAGCCACCGUGCCCGGCUGAAACUGUUUAUUCUUAAGAAGUUCAUCUUCAUUUCUGCCACAGUUGGAACUUCCUGAGGAAGGAGGGAGGCCUGAGGUUUUACACAAUCUGUUUCAGAGCCUGUUUAGACUCAAAGCUAUACUUCCCUUGGCAGCAGAAUACACUUAACCUAAAGUAGUAUUUGGAGUUGAGAAAAACCUGGUAGAGUAAGUGAAUAUGUAUUGUUUGGAUUCUAUCUGACCCUGUGGUUCCAUCUUCUACCUUCUAUGAUGGCAAUGAAGCUAGAUAUCCCUAGGGAAGAAAGAAGGACUGGGUUUAGCAAAAAUGAUUUGAUAAUUAAAGUUUAUUUGAACAUAAAA